GGUCACUCUGUCGACCCCUUUCAAUCCCACAGUCCAAGCGUCCCGAUCUCAAAAAGCGGAGCAAAGAAGAGAGCCAGCUUGGGCAUUUGGCAGAUCCCACAUCCUCGAAGAUAAGAAAGGGAGGAUUGAGUUGCCAUGGCGUCACAGAGCGAGGCCACCGAAGAGGGUGAUCAGACGGUGCCUGACGGAGAGACUGAGGACGAAGCGAUGAACGUCAAAUCGAUUCAGUCCCGCUAUCUCCGCUGUCCCUCCCCCAGCAAUUUCUCCAUGAUAUCUGAGUCCAGAUUCUCGAUGAUUUCAGGGUCCGAUGCUGAGAGCAUCUUUAUGGAGCCCAUUCACCUGUCCUCGGCGAUAGCUGCCAAACAGAUUAUAAACGAGGAGCUCCCACAGCGGGGUGUCAGGACGGAGAGUAUCCCGGACAGCAUGCUGGAGACUGCGGAACAGCUGAUGGUGGAGGACCUGUACAACCGGGUGAAGGACAUGAUCGAUGACCGGAGCCCCUACAACACCCCCUGUGUGAUGGACAUCCAAAGGGCCAUGGUGCAGGACCGCCAGGAUGUCCGGGCCAACCCGGUGGAUGAGGUGUGGAACAACAUAUUCAUCUCUGAAAAGUCGGUGGCUGUCAAUAAAGCUCGCCUGAAACGCAUGAAUAUCACCCACAUCCUGAACGCUGCCCACGGAACUGGGGUUUACACCGGAGAGACCUUCUACGCUGGCAUGAACAUCACCUAUAUGGGCAUCGAGGUGGAUGACUUUGCAACGUCUGACAUCUCCCCUCAUUUCAGGACAUGUGCUGAGUUCUUGGAUGAGGCCCUGUUGACGCACAAGGGCAAGGUCCUGGUUUGCUCUAUGAUGGGUGAAAGCCGCUCGGCUGUGCUGGUGGCCGCCUAUCUCAUGAUCUUCCACCACAUGACGAUCAUGGAGGCACUGAUGACCCUGAAGAAGAAGCGGCCCAUCAACCCCAACGAGGGCUUCCUGAAGCAGCUGCGUCAGCUCAACGAGACACUACAGGAGGAGCGCGAUGACGAUGAUGACGACACGCUCAGCCAGUGCUCUGUCAUCGACGCCAACACCCGGGCCCACCUGUUCGACGACGAACAGAGCAUGGUGGGCGUGAAGGCCCACUCAAUCACAAUGGAGGAGGAGGAGGACGGCCAGAGUGUGAUGAGUAGCGUGGCCUCGUCCGCAGCUGCGGCAGCCCUCAGGGCCGGUGUUUUUGGCGGACAGCAGGUGGGGUCGGAACAGCCAGAGAUGGCGGAAGGUCUGCUCCUUCCUGGGGAAGACGGCAUCGACGGUGGAGAGGAAGGAGACCAUGGGGAGGAGGACGGGAUGAGCAUGAUCCGAGAGUGGCAGAGGAGGAAUGAGAAGUACCAGAGUGAGGAGUGGUGGGAGAAACAGCUGAUGAGCGAAGCCGGGGAUGAGGAGUCUUUGCUGGGAGGACUACAAGGUUCUGGGGAGGACGUGGAGAGCGUGACCAGUGAGGACGUUCGGGCCGUGAAGGAGCGCCUGAAGCAGCGGCCGCGGCGAGCCCCCUCCGAUUCAAUGUCCACAGCCAGCUGCAGCAGCUACUCCGACCUGUGGAAGCAGCGUCUGAAAGAGAUCGAGGAGCAGGCGGCCGCGCGCUACCGCAGGAACGACGAUGACAGCGAAAGCACGGCGACGGAGGAUACGGAGAGGAAGAAGACGAUUGAGGAAGACUUGGAGAGUGUGCUCUCGGACACCAGCUCCAUGUACAACUUCUGCAAGAAGAACAAGGAGAACCUGACACCCCUGGAGCGCUGGAAGGUGAAGAGGAUCCAGUUUGGCUGGAAUAAGAAUGAUGAAGGGAGGUUGGGAGAGAAGGGAGCCGGGGGAAGUGGUGAGCAGGGAGAGGCUAGUGCUGAGACCCGCACCCCGGCUCUGGAGGAUGUCAACCUCACAGCCUAUCAGACCUGGAAGUUGAAGCAAGCGAAACGGCUCGGGGAAGACAACAGGGCAACAAAAGAUGACAUUGUGGAGAUGAGCCGUGGAGAGGACUUGGCCACAGCCAAAAGGAGACAGCGGCGAGAAGAGCUCCUGGAACGUUCGCGGAAGAACCUGGAGGAGAGUCAGUCCAUGUGUGGCUGGGAGACAGAGAGCUCCAUGAGUGGAAGCACACUGCCCCUCUCUGCCUUCUUUGCCACUCCAGGUGGAUCACAAACUGGGAGCAUUGCCAACGACGACAACAUUUCCAUGCUUAGCGGCAGGUCUUCUGCAUCACAGGCCCACAGUACAAGAUCCCAGGCUUCAGUGGUCCCUGGAGUGCCCCAGGGCAUUCCCCAGGUCCCCAUGGUUCCUGUGCCCACCAUCCAGGGACCUGGCGGGGAGCCCAUGGUGGACCUGUCCAGCAUUCAGAACUGGAUCGCCAACGUGGUGUCUGAAACCUUGAUCCAAAAGGAGCGUGAGAUGAGUCUCCCCCCGUCCCGAGCCGGAUCAGUGCUAAGUUUCGGCGGGGGAUCCAGCGUGCUGGGCCCCGCGAGGCGUGGUCUGGACGAUGACAAGGCGUCUAUGCUGAGUGGAGCAUCCUACUCCAGCUCGCCGGCCCAUCACUCAGUCGGGGCUGGCAGGGCAGAGUCGGUGCUCUCUGGUAGAAGUGCAGCUUCUUCUACCAGUAACCUCUCCAGCAUCUCUGGGUUGGGCUGCCGCAGGAGCAAGAUCACCACCACCAGCGUGCCCCUCUAUAGUCUCUUUGCAGACCAAGUGAACCUCAAGAAGCUGGACUCCAUGGAUAAGCAGAUGCAAUCAGACAUGAGGGACAAAAUGGCCUCUUACGAGGUGAAGAAGAUUGCUGAGGAUAACAAACGCAGCACACUCUACAAAAAGAAGAAGCCCAAGGACGAGGAAGAAAAGAAAGAGGAAGACUAUUUAAAGACUAAGAUGCCAGAGAAAAAGAAAGCACCUACGAAAAGCUAUGGCCUCUCAGGCUGCCUAAAUCUCUCCACUGCUCUGGAAAAGGAAAAGAACACCAGCGUAGAUGAAUGGCUGAACAACGUCAUGCCUCCUUCCAGGAAACCAGCAUCCCAUAGCAUGGAAGACGAAACUGAUAUAGGGCCAUCUGCCUCUGAGUAUAAUUUCGGAGGCCGGAGGGGCUCAUUUGAUGAAGACGAGGAAGAGUAUGAAGUAGCAUCAAGAUAUCGGUCCAGAUUCCUUGCCGAUACAGAGUCACCAGUGCUUGGCGAUUUAUCUUCAAAUGGCGUGGAUUCCAGCAGUUACAGGUCUAGAAGAUCCUACACAACCACAGAGGAAGAUGAGGACGAAGAGGAGAGUUACACGUCAAAGAAGAAAUUCACUCAUCAUUCACAAUAUGAGAGUGGAGGGGAGACAGAGGGGAGGAUAGGAAAAGAGGAAAAGGAGGAGGAAGAGGAUGUUGACAAUUUCCUCAGCCAGCUUAGGCAGAGGUCUAGGGCUCGGGCUCAAGCAGAGAUGCAAGACGAUGAUGUCGUAGCAGCUUGGAGAGCGCAGCAAGAAUUUAAGUCAAACGGUUACAAAAGCAGUGACUCUUAACCAAAGUCUUACACUUACAUUAUACAGUCAAAUGAAACACUAUCCAAUAGUGAUCAAUGUCAACUGUUAUUUUAGCAGACUCUCUUCUUUAUCUUUCCUUCUUUGUCUCUUUAUAUUAUAUUCAAAAUAUUAAAAUGAUUAAAAUAAAGAAUCACUUUAUUGCUAGUGCAAUGCAAGCAGAAAAGCACAAGAAAUUAUUUUCUGUAUGUUUCAUUGAUUGUGAAAUGUAACAACUACAAACAAAAUCAACACUGACUACCAGGAAAUAAAAUAUUAAUGCUGUACUUUUUCAAGAGCACAUCCUUAUUUUAAAGUGUUUCUAAUUGCAAUACAUUUGCAGUGUAUAUGAA